AUGGAGAUAAUUACAACAACCACUCUCUUACUUAUUGCUUGCGUGGUCUUCCUAAUAUUAAGUAUAACAGUAGCUAGAAAACAGAAGAGAAAUAGCAAGCUACCCCCAGGGCCGCCUCCGCUGCCCAUCCUGGGCAACAUUCUGCAAAUCAAUGGCAAGGAGGUCUUUAAAUCACUCAAUAAGCUCAGUGAAAAAUAUGGUCCAGUAUAUACUAUUCACAUGGGUAUGGAACCAGUUGUGGUGCUCUGCAGCUGUGACGCAGUGAAGGAGGCUCUCAUUGAAUGUGGGGAAGAAUUUGGUGCCAGAGGGCACAUGCCUCUGCUGGACAGGAUAAGUGGUGGAGGUCACGGGGUGGUCGCCAGCAACGGUGAGCGAUGGAAACAGCUACGUCGCUUCUCGCUCAUGACUUUAAGAAAUUUUGGUAUGGGCAAAAGAAGCAUUGAGGAAAGAAUCCAGGAAGAGGCCCAGUUCCUUACUGAAGAAUUCAGGAAAACCAAUGAACAGCCACUGGAUCCAACAUUCUAUUUUGGCAAAGCUGUUUCAAAUGUAAUAUGCUCUGUGGUAUUUGGAGACCGGUUUGAGUAUGAAGACAAAACUUUCCUCCGCCUACUAGGUCUCUUAAAUGAAGUCUUUCAAUUAUUUAGCUCUGUAUGGGGACAGCUAUAUAACGUCUUUCCCAAAAUUGUUGGAAAGAUGCCAGGACCUCACCAGAAAUUCUUCAAAUCAAUUGAUGGAAUACAGGAAUUUAUUGCCGAAAGGGUGAAAAUGCACAAAGAGACAUUUGAUCCCAGUUCUCCGCGGGACUUCAUUGACUGCUUCCUCAUUAAGAUAGAGCAGGAAAAAGAUAUACCUCAUAGCGAAUUUCACAUGGAGGCAAUCGUCAAUACCACAUUUGAUUUGUUUGGUGCUGGUACUGAAACUGUUAGCACAACUCUACGUUACGGACUAAUGAUUCUCCUCAAACAUCCCGAUGUUGAAGAACACAUCCAUAAAGAGAUUGACCACGUCAUUGGCAGAAACCGGGCCCCAUGUAUUGAAGAUCGUUCUCGUAUGCCAUAUAUGGACGCUGUCAUCCAUGAAAUUCAAAGAUUCAUUGACCUCAUCCCGAUGGGAAUUCCGCACAAAGUGACUCGGGAUCUGCACUUCAGAAACUUUGUCAUUCCAAAGGACACCACUGUUUACCCAAUGCUGAGUUCCGUACUCCGUGACCCCAAGCAGUUUAAAUACCCCAAUCAGUUCAAUCCAGGACACUUUUUGGAUGAGAAUGGGAAGUUCUGUCGGAAUGAAGCAUUCAUGCCUUUCUCUUCAGGAAAAAGGAUCUGUCUUGGGGAAGGACUGGCGAGAAUGGAACUCUUCCUGUUUCUCACCACCAUUUUACAGAACUUCAGUCUCCGGACUCCCAUGGACAUAGACGAUAUAGACUUAACACCACUAAUGAGUGGGUUUGGGAAUUUUCCGCGUAAAUUCCAGCUGUGCUUUAUCCCACGCUAAUCAUUAAUGUUUUCAAAACAUUUUUACAUUAUUUGCUAAUUUAUGUACUUGAAAAGUCAUUACUAUAAGCUUAAAUUGGUCAUUAUUGCAGGAAAAAGAAAACGUAUACAAAUAAAAUAGUAGAACUUAUAGCACAUCUUGUACCAACAGCUGGCAAUUCAUUAAAUUAGAGGUACUGUACUAUACUAUACAUUCUAAAAAUUAAAUUAUAUUGUUUACUAAACAGA